AUGACCAACAAUCGUGGGUUCACAGAGGCUGUCCCGCUCUCGUUGAGCUCCAUGGCGCACAUGACCUUGCCGCUGGAAGAGGGUGUCUCGGAUGGUUUGACCCAAGUCCUGCAUCACAUGUUGACCUGUUGCGCCAACUACGCUCGUGCCAUAAUGCCGCCGCACAAUUGGAAAGCCAACGAUUUGACCACCAGUAUGCACGCGUGGGAACCUCAUGAAGGAGAUGCCGAGCCGAGAGAUUUGCCAACCUCGCUCACGAAACAUGGGUUUACGCAUCAGUAUCAUCGGACCGCUUUCAUUUACUUGAAAGGCGCCAUGAAGGAGAACAUUACCAAAGAGGACGAAAAGAAAUAUCUCAAGGAUUGGGCACAAGAAGAUGAAGCUGUGCUUGGCCGUGUCAGCCUCAUGUUUGCCACUAACGGAGUCAUGACUCCGGAGGAAUUGAAUGGAUCCAAGGUUACUGCGGAAAGUCCAAAAUGUGUUUUGUACAAAACCAUUAUCGAGUAUAGAUCUCUUCCUGCUACUGGAAAUAAGUCUGCAGUUCAGGCGGAAGAAUUGAGCAUGCUGAGUUUCGGAGGAAGCGUGGACGAUGAUGUCAAGUACGGAGCCUUGGCCAGUCUUUACGAUGACACGGCCAAGUACAUUUUGGAAAUUUAUUCCGUCCGCGGCAAAAAGUACAAGUUUGACCUCAUGAAGUCCACCCUUUGCGAUGGGACGGUUCCACGGAUGCCUUCCCGGGGCAACCCUGAUGAGGCCCCACACGACGAUCCUUUCUUGAAGUCAUUGUGCGUGACGGUUACGGAUCAUGCCACCUCACGGCAAGAGGAGCACAAGUAUGCCAUUACGAGAAUGCACUUGAGCAUGGAAGGAAAUUUGCGCAUUGGCCAACAUCAGCUUCCAACAGACUCCUCGUCCAUUUCCAAUCGAAUGCAAGAAACCUUUUUGUAUUUGAACCAUUUGAAACCAGAAAUGGCGGUUGCCACACCAUCUGGUCACACGUUGUUGCUGGAUCCCAAAGAGGCUGGAAAGAUUUAUAUCGAUGGUCGAUAUAUUACCUCGUGGGGUAAGGAUCCCAAGAUUGGGUCACAUCUUCCUGCACUUUUUGGAAUGGACCUUCAAAACAUUCCCUUUUGGCAUGGCCGAAUCACGGAUUACGACAUUCUCAAACGAUCGUAUGCGCAACUCUGGCAAGAUGUCCUCAUUGACGCUAGACUCAAGGGAAAAGAUAUUGGAGGACGAUUGCUUUCGCGACUGAUUACCGGAUCCGACCCAGUCAAGGACGAUGAAGACGAUGAUGAUGAUGAAGGCGCCGAUAAUAUGGAUGACGAAGAAGACAAAACACCGGCUGUGGACACUGGAAGUGAUUGUCUCGAAGCGCAAGUGAUGCAAUCUACCACCUUCGACCCCGUUGGAAUUUCGGCCAAGGCUUUGGCAACACGAUUCUCCAAGGAAUAUUGUGAAGAAGGUUUCCCAUGUCUGGCACAUGAAAUUGAUUGGGUCAAGGAUCGAUUGCCGGGUCGGGUCCCUGUGGUGGUCCCGUUGCGGGUGAUCAAUGUCCUCCGACGUGGAGGAUACUUUGAUACCAAGCGUACUGCGGACGAAGUUUGGUUCUCACAAAGUCGACCGGCCAAAUUUGGAGACGAGUCCGAAGUCGUCGAAAAGGCGGUUGAUCUUUUGAAAGAAGCUGGUUGCAAUGAUAUCACCCCCAACAUGAUUGUUUUUUUCAAUGGAGUCGGAGUCAGUGAUCCAGUACAAAAGAAAGGAUUGGUUCGAUUCAACCGGUCAUUACGGCAGUAUCAUGUCAACCAAUACUUUUCGACUAUGAAUUUGAUGGAUCUGAUCGCCAAGCCAAAAAAUGGUGCACCCGAACCAAAAAAGCAAAAAAUUGACACUGUCGCAGCAAAGGGUUUCUUAUUGGGUUACCAUGUGGCACAAGAACAUCCGGAUGGAACGGUUCUAUUGCGCUACUUGCUGAAGCAUCGCAGUGAAGCCAUAUGA